AUGUUGCUGGCAUUUCUACUAUUAUUGGUGCCUUUGGUAGUAGAAUCGAAGCUGCCACCAUUUUUCUUGGGUAAAAUUAAUGGGCAGACUCUUUUGAAUCAUCACUUAAACCAACUAACUGUCACUAGCAAUGCUGGAGUUCUGGACCAGUACCCAUGGUUGCAAGUCAAAAACUUCACCCAAAAAUUAGAUCAUUUUGACCCAUAUAACACCAAAACAUGGAACCAGAAGUACUUCUACAACCCGAAAUUCUCGAGAAAUAACUCUAUCAUCUUCUUGAUGAUUGGAGGAGAAGGUCCAGAGAACGGAAAGUGGGCUGCUAACCCAGACGUACAGUAUCUUCAAUGGGCUGCCGAAUUUGGAGCUGACGUUUUUGAUUUGGAGCACAGAUUCUUUGGAGACAGUUGGCCAAUUCCAGACAUGACCACCAACUCCCUCCGCUACCUCACCACUCAACAAGCCCUCGCUGACUUGGCCUAUUUCAUCGAGUCCAUGAACCAACUGUACGGUUUCAAGAACCCACGAUGGGUUACUUUUGGAGGAAGUUAUCCAGGAUCGUUGUCUGCCUGGUUCAGACAAAAGUAUCCCCAAUUAACGGUUGGAUCAGUGGCUAGCAGUGCUCCAGUCAACUUGAAACUUGACUUUUACGAAUACGCCAUGGUCGUUGAGGAUGAUUUGAAACUCACCGAUGUUAACUGUGCCCCAGCUGUCAAAGACGCUUUCACCAAGAUUCAGAAGUUGUCACUCACGGCUGAAGGAAGAAACCAGUUGAAUGGUUAUUUCAAUCUUCAACCACCUUUCGAUGGAAAGACCACGAAACUUGAUAUCAACAACUUCUUUGGUAAUCUCUUCAACACAUUCCAAGGAAUGACUCAGUACACUUAUGACGGACAGAGUAACAGUACUCACUCUGAUAAGACUGUUAGAAAAAUGUGCCAAAUUAUGACUAAUACAUCGGAACCGGAUACAGUGAGGAGAGUUGAGAACUUGUUCUUGUGGUUUAACGUAAUGGAGCCUGCUGAUCCAGAUCAUCUCACAGUUAUGCCGAAUAGUUAUUGGGAUGUUAUCAAACAAGUUGGAAGCGGAGACCUGAAGGUUUUGGGUCCAGAUGGAGCUGCCGCUCGUGGAUGGAUGUGGCUGUGUUGUAACGAGAUUGGGUUCUUGCAAACCACUAACCAAGGAAAUAACGUUUUUGGAUCGGGAGUCACCUUAAACUUAUUCAUUGAUAUGUGCACUGACAUGUUCGGAGAUACCAUAAAAAUCAAGCAAAUUAUGGCAGGAAACAAAAAAUCUCAAAACUACUAUGGUGGUGCUGACUUCUACAAUGCAACCAACGUCGUUCUUCCGAAUGGCUCCCUCGACCCAUGGCAUGCAUUGGGAACCUACAAAACUGUUGAAAGUCAAGCUCUUCUCCCAUACCUUAUCAAUGGAACCGCCCAUUGUGGAGACAUGUAUCCUUCUUAUGACGGCGAGCCAAAUUCUCUUCCAGCGGCUCGCGCAUUUAUAAAGCAGCAUGUCAGAGAGUUUAUUAGAUACGAUCCAAAUGUUGAUGGACCAAAGACUAGUGCCGCCUCCAAUUCGUUAUUCGUAGUUAUUUCUCUUAUUGCUUUUAUCUUGUUCCAAUAA